UGUUUUUAAGAAGAGUUUUGACCAUGAGAAAGUCCACAUGUUAGUCAAUUUUUACUAAUCCCACCGAAGAAAAUGAAGCCGCACUUCAGCUUUGCCGAUCCUUUUCCCACCACCGUUGGCUGAAUGAGAAAUGGUCGUGUGAUUAUGCUGACACCCCAGCAUGCAUUUGGUAGACCUGUGGUUAACUCGUUCCCUCUCCAUGUGUCUACUCUUACAAAGUUUUGUCCUCAUGAUACUGUGCUUUCAUUCUGCCAGUAUGUGCCCAAAAGGCUGCCUCUGUUCUCACUCUGGAGGUUUAAAUGUCAGCUGUAGCAAUGCAAACCUCAAGGAGAUACCCAGAGAUCUUCCACCAGAAACAGUCUUACUUUAUUUGGACUCCAAUCAGAUAACAUCUAUCCCCAAUGAAAUUUUUAAGGAUUUGCACCAACUGAGAGUCCUCAAUUUAUCAAAAAACGGGAUUGAAUUUAUAGAUGAACAUGCCUUUAAAGGGGUGGCAGAAACUUUGCAGACUCUGGAUUUGUCCGACAACAGGAUUCAAAGUGUGCACAAAAACGCUUUCAACAACUUAAAAGCCAGAGCCAGGAUUGCAAACAACCCAUGGCACUGCGACUGCACACUGCAGCAGGUAUUGAGGAGUAUGGCCGUCAACCAUGAGACGGCCAACAAUGUCAUCUGCAAGACCUCUGUGCUGGAUGAACACGCUGGGAGACCCUUCCUCAAUGCUGCCAAUGAUGCUGACCUCUGUAACCUUCCCAAAAAGACUACCGAUUACGCCAUGCUGGUCACUAUGUUUGGCUGGUUCACCAUGGUGAUCUCAUACGUGGUUUAUUACGUCCGGCAAAAUCAGGAGGAUGCAAGGAGGCACCUUGAAUACUUGAAAUCCCUGCCAAGCAGGCAAAAGAAACCAGAUGAAGCCGAUGACAUUAGCACUGUGGUAUAGUAUUCCGAAUGCAAUGACUGCCUUUGCGAUGGAAACUAGAUUCGGAUGACACCAACACCAGAGGUUUACUUCUAACAUUCAUUGUAAACAUUAAGACUUUUUUUUCCCGUUUAACUGAAUUACGCCACUGUUGAGCUUUCUAACGGAGAGUUUUGUCUGGGCGGUAUACUCUAAUUGUUUCUCUGGUAUUCUAAAGCAAGUGAAUUAAUAUGUAAACCUUAGUUUAGACCCAUUCCACUAUUUAAUAAUGAAAUUUAUUUUUUUAAUUUAAAAAAACAAAUAAAAGCGUAAAUUUGAACCAUGUAAAACAGAGUUAUUUAUUGAUCAGAAACCUGUCUGGUGCCAGGGCACUUUGGGAAAUGAUCAGUACUUGUGAGGUGGAGAAUGAGAGCCAUGAUGAAAUGGGCUAUGAGAGGUACAGAGCAGAGAGUUCCCAAAAGGCACUUCUCUCCCCAGGGCACAACAUGAAGAGCUGGUGUAUGGCAACUGAUUUUUGGGAUUGCUCUUCAUGAUGGGAGAGGGACACAGUGUGGGGAUAGCAGAGUGCUCUGAGUUCAGGAGAAAGGCAUGGAAAAUUCUGUAGGAACCUGGAGGGUGUUUUAGCGGUGCUGAGGAGAAACCAAGAUGAAGGAGCAACAUUUGAGGAUACCAAUGAGAGGUAAGCGGGGAAACGGGGACAGUUUUCAUCAUACACCCACAAGCUUCAAGUGGGUGUCCUGAGGACUGGA